GUGGUGUCAGUAUCAACGAUCAGACGCGCGUGUCGCUUUAAGGCAGGAAAUAGAAUCCGAGCCCCAAAUAAAACCGAUUCUGCCGCUGCGGCCGUGGGGUUCAGCUGUCGGUAUAAUGGCGGAGUGUCUGGCCAAAGUCCCCGAUGUGGAGAUCGAUCCCGACGGAACCUUUAAAUACAUCCUGCUCAGAGUCAAAGUGAAAGAUGGCGAAGAGCAUAAAGAUGUGGUCCGAGGCACGAAAAGUGCAGAAUACCACAAUCAUAUUUUUGAGAAGGUGAGCCCGGCUCUGGAGUCUCUGGGGAUGGAGUGUAAAUGCCUCGGCGGAGGGAAAAUAGAGCACAACAGCAAGGAAAAGAAAAUCAGAGUGUUUGGAGAAUCAACUGCCUUUGGCAAAGCCAACCACGCCGUCUCUGUGGAAAAGCUGAAGUCUGUCUUCAGCCACUAUGACAUCACCUGCUCUGAUGACAAAAAAUGAACUUUCUUUCCUUUUUCCCUAAACUCUCACAUUUAAAUCAUACUCACCAUGAAUAAAAUUGAAUUUUGACAAACGA